CACAUCUACCGGAUGUUGAUACAGUCUGCGGAACAGCUGGGAGAGAGCAACAAAGCUGACGCCACUUCUAGCUACAGAAUCGACGAGAAGGACGAAAAGAAGGUGAAAAUACAACAACAAAACUGGAUUCGAGGUUGAUAAAGACUAUAGAAGUGGUCAAGAAAACAGGUUAUUAACAUUCGUGUCGACAGAACUCUGAAAAUUACAGAUUCAAGCUGCUGUCUGUGAAUGAGUUAGUGUCUUACAUGACUUACUUGCCCUUCCUAAAGGUCGGUCUCUGCUGACAACAGCACUAUGGGCCGGAUCUUCCUGGACCACAUCGGCGGGACCCGCCUCUUCUCCUGCGCCAACUGUGACACCAUCCUGACCAACCGCUCUGAGCUCAUCUCCACGCGCUUCACUGGCGCCACGGGCCGAGCCUUCCUCUUCAACAAGGUGGUGAACCUGCAGUACAGCGAGGUGCAGGACCGUGUGAUGCUGACGGGCAGACACAUGGUGCGAGACGUCAGCUGCAAGAACUGCAACAGCAAGCUGGGCUGGAUCUACGAGUUUGCCACAGAAGACAGUCAGCGCUACAAGGAAGGACGCGUCAUCCUCGAAAGGGCGCUAGUAAGGGAGAGCGAGGGCUUCGAGGAGCAUGUGCCGUCUGAUAACUCCUGAGUCCCCCUCCUUUCUGCCUUGUGCACCCAACAUCUCUCCCAAUCCCCAGUGUACCCUACACUCCUCUCCUUAUAGGCAAAUGCCUGUGUAUCAGCUUCCCACCAGCAAGAAUUGUGUCGAGCUAGACAAGUCUGUAAUUAUGUCCGCCCCUCACACAUAUUGUACACACCAUUUGAGAAUGCACUCGCUCACAGGCUAGUGCUUAUAAUGCGUAUAAUGUACAUGCAUUAGAUUCUGCACGGUACAUGUGUAGACAUUGGACUACAACUGCCUGAAGAGUAGGGGUUGUAACUUAAUGACCCAAAGUGGAGAGCAUGGACAGAUGCUAAUGCCUUUGUCAGUGAUACAGCUGUGUAUGAUAAAACUGCUGUUGCGUGAGUGAUGCUUGUGUUUAGGAUGAAAUAUUAUUUAAGUUUUAGUGAGAAUGGGUGUGAAAAUUGAUUUGAGGAAAUAAUCUUUCUGAAUAUUGUCAUUAAACCCAGUUUCCAUUUGCUUUUAUUAACAAAUAUUAGAUUUGAUAGUGCUGAUUUUAGUUGACUGUUUGCACAUUAUAAAACUGAUGUCAACCCUCACUUUGAUCCCGAUGACAAAUGCAUGCGUGUACUAAAGCCUCAUGUCUGCCAAUGGAACGACAGCACGCCUAGACUAUAGAACCUGUGAUCAACCUCAUGCUGACAAUUGUAACAAUUAUCAAAAGACAACUUGACCAUUGUGUAAAUGUAACCCCCAAAAAACAUUAACCGGCAUUGUUGACAAUAUUGUGGUUAAGUUCGGUAUUAGGAUUGGUCAGUGCUGUGUUUUCUUUUUGGGUUGCAUAGUCUUGCGAUGCCAUCCUUCCAAUCCUCGUUCAUCACUCAGCUAUUGGAACAAAAUGAAAUCGUAAGAAAGCUGGAAAAUUAAGUAGGGGUUGAGUUAAAGCUACUGUUUUUCUUUGUCAGGCCUCCGGGUGAUGGAUUAUAAUAAAGAAAUGGAUCAUAUGAAAUCAACUUUA